CCACGGGGAAGGGGACAGGGAGGUGACACCCCCUUCCCCCUCCCCGAGUGCCACCCCUGGGGCCAGGCUGGUGGGACCCAGGGCCACCGAAGGGGUGCGUGGAGGAGGACAGCAGGGACGAGGGGCUAUGAGCAGACUCCCCCCCCUGCGCGUCCCCCCUGCCGCCCCGGGAUGCCGCCGGCAGGGGAGGUAUGUUAAUUAGACCCCUCUUGUUAGCGCCAAGUUCAUUAGCGGCUCAGAAGGGGCUUUGUGUGCUGGGACAGUCGGGACCGGAUGUCCCCGGGCUCCAGUCCUGGGGACAGUGACAAAGUGUGUGUGGGGGGACAGACGGACACGACCAGGUGGGAGAUGGGGCAAAUAGUGGGGAAAAUGGUUACAGGCCAUGAAAAAAAAAAGCAUAAACCCCCCCAAAAUAACAGUACAGUGCCCAGAGAUUUCUGUGGCCCCGGAACAAUAACAGCUGUGGGCCAGGGCGCAGCGGUGCUGAGCCCCAUGAGGGUGCUGAGCCCGAGGAGGAGGAGGAGGAAGGCUCAGCAGUGGGAUCUCCUGGUAAAGCGCUUAAGGAGGGCGAGGGGCCGGCGGCUCACGGGGGGCUCGUUACACGCCCGCCACAAUUAGCCCCGCUUCCCCGGGAGCAGGCAAACAAGAGGAGUGCGGGGGGCCGGCGAGGGCCAUGUGUCCGUCUGUCUGUCUGUCCAUCCACUCGCCUGUCCCCUCCGUGGCGCAGCGGGGCGCAAGCCCGGGAUAUAGGGGGCUGAGGGGGGGUGGUGGAGGGACCCCUGGGUGCCCGGGACCCCCCCACCACCACCACCCUCGCGGCGCAGCCGGGGGGCACGGGGCCCCCGUGGGUCGCCGGCACCGCCGGGCGCUGCCUGCCCCCUUACGUAACCCGCCCCGCCGGCCUCCCCGAGAUGCUCUUUCUUUUCCGAGCCCUAAUCGUUGCCAUCUUGGGCUCUGCUAAUUGGAUUCCCCCUCCCCCCCCAACACAUGCCGGAGGAGGGGGGGGGUCACGUGGCAGCAUAAGAAGCCCCCAAGGCCCAGAAAUUGGGUUACCCAUGGGGAAUUAAGGGAGAGAGCGCGGCAGCAGCCGGCCGGGGAGGACCGAGGGCAGCCUGCAGCCAGCGCCAAGGGGCCACCAGCGCCCACCUCGGCCUUUCGGGGCUCCCCUUUCCCGGCCGGCUCCCUCCACCCCCCGCGAAGAGCUGGAAGAGCCCGGGGACCUAGACGAGCUCGAGGAGUUCAGUGACGAAGACGAGGCCAUGGGCAGCGGGGCGAGCGCUGAGGACAAGGAGAUGGCCAAGAGGUCCAAGGAGCUGGAGAAGAAGCUCCAGGAGGAUGCGGACAAGGAGGCCAAGACGGUCAAGCUGCUGCUGCUAGGAGCUGGAGAGUCGGGCAAGAGCACCAUCGUGAAGCAGAUGAAGAUCAUCCAUCAGGACGGCUACACACCAGAGGAGUGCAUGGAGUUCAAGGCCGUCAUCUACGGCAACAUCCUGCAAUCCAUCCUGGCCAUCAUCCGCGCCAUGUCCACGCUGGGCAUCGACUACGCCGAGGCGGGGCGAGCGGACGAUGGCCGGCAGCUCUUCAACCUGGCCGACUCCAUCGAGGAGGGCACCAUGCCCCCCGAGCUCGUGAGCUGCAUCAAGAAGCUGUGGAAGGACGGCGGGGUGCAAGCCUGCUUCGACAGGGCCGCCGAGUACCAGCUCAACGACUCGGCCGCCUACUACCUGAACCAGCUGGACAGGAUCACAGCCCCCGACUACCUCCCCAACGAGCAGGACGUGCUGCGGUCCCGAGUGAAGACCACGGGCAUCAUCGAGACCAAGUUCUCCGUCAAAGACCUGAACUUCAGGAUGUUCGACGUGGGAGGACAGAGAUCGGAGCGCAAAAAGUGGAUCCACUGCUUCGAAGGGGUGACCUGCAUCAUCUUCUGCGGGGCGUUGAGCGCCUACGACAUGGUGCUGGUGGAGGACGACGAAGUGAACCGCAUGCACGAGUCCCUGCACCUCUUCAACAGCAUAUGCAACCACAAGUUCUUCGCCGCCACCUCCAUCAUCCUGUUCCUCAACAAAAAGGACCUCUUCGAGGAGAAGAUCAAGAAAGUCCAUCUCAGCAUUUGCUUCCCAGAGUACGACGGUCCCAACACAUUCGAAGAUGCAGGAAAUUACAUCAAGACCCAAUUCCUUGAUCUGAACAUGCGAAAAGACGUCAAAGAAAUCUACAGCCACAUGACCUGUGCCACAGACACACAGAACGUCAAAUUCGUGUUCGACGCAGUCACAGAUGUCAUCAUCAAAGAGAACCUCAAGGACUGUGGUCUCUUCUGAACAUCUGCGCAACAGAAGAGAAUACGACUUCUAUUUAGCAUCACCAUUCUGCUGAGCAGAGCCAAAAGGAUUAAGCAAAAAAAUUACUUGGACCCCACUUUUUCUAAGACCAGCCCAAGCAAGCCACAUACUUUCAAGACCAAAAUAGGAAGUGGCUGCAGCUGAACUUCCUGCUCUUUCAUGGCCAUUUUCUUUUUUUCCUAACUUUUUUGUUUUUAAGAAAGAAAACCCUACUCUCUGCAGUACUUGAAAAAUUAGUAUUUAUAAGUGUGAUCUGGAGGGGUUUGCCACACCAAGGAGAAGGCAGUCCUCAGUACAUCACCAGAGGAACAGAUACUGAGCCAUCAUACUUCCGUACUUCCAUGGCUGCAGCUGUGCAAUAAGCCAUACACAGGGGAAACCCAAAAGCAAUGCUUCUGCAGGAGCCAGAGAAAGGCAAACCUCCUGCCCUUCCCCCCUCUUCAGGGCCAAAUCCAUUUUCUUCCAUGUUAAAGCUUAAUUGGACUGAAUUGGGAGUUUCUGGGGAAGGUGGAUGCUGGGACAAAGAAGAGUCCACUCCUGGUAAUCAUCCUCAGUUUGUCUGUUGAAGACUUUUUUUUUUUUUCCCUGCUGUAAAUAAGCCAAGACUAAGUUAAUUUCUGAGCAAGUUUUCCCUUCAAAAAAAAAGUUAACAACUGCAGCUCCCUGCAAUUGUGCAAUCUGCCCCUAAACAGCCUUAAGUAGCCGAGGGACUGUUUCUAGUAGCCAUCUUUCUCUGUACAGACCUGUUCUCUCCCACUCUCCCUAUGUCUGUUCAACCAUCCUAGGGAGCAGCACAGAUCCCAGCUCAGUGGUUUGCCAGCUCCUGAGACCACUGGUCACAUGGUUUCACCACUUUGAGGUGUAAAGUCACGGAAGCAGGCAAAAAGGAGCACAUGCAUCAGGGUCUACAGAACUUAUCACACCUAGAGAAGAGGAACAGGGUCAGACAAAGAGGAAAUGGUUAUUUGAAAGAUUUUCAUCCUGCUAUUUACAGCUGUAUUUUCUCUUUACUGCUUGUAAAUAAAACUGUACUGCUACUAUAGACUAGAAGUCUUGUAUCUUCUCAGUGUUUACUGCAGAGAAUCACAUACAGCUUCAUUUAACUGUAGGAGAAAAAAAAUAAAAGAAAUGU